CGGCUGUAGAGAAUGAGCUUGAGAGCAGCGACAGCAGAGGUAGAAGAAGAUAAGAUUAUGAAGCCCCGCCUUACCUCUUGUUUUCCCUCCGCUCAACGGUCUUCGCCACUGAUAGAAUGAAAUGAACUCUUCUCCUCCUUAUCAGUGAAGGCUAAGGAACUUGCAUCACAUUGAGGUUUUUAGGAACUGAAAAAGAAAAUGACACCUGUGGUUCCAUCUUCUAUGACCAAUGUCUCACUUAUUCCUGGAGUUGCCUUCACGGUGAGCAGGUGCAAUAAUUGUUCAACCCGUCAAAGUAUAUAUAGGGUACGGGCAAAACAGAGAUGUAGCCUUCCCCGGCCAGCAUCUCGCAGACUCUUUCCCCACAACAGGAUUGGGUUGGCAAUACACUACAAACCUCGAAGUGAUCAUAUAGUAUUAGCCACGGGAACUGAUGUGGCAGUGGAGGAACAAGAUACCCCUGUCGCUGGUGAAGAUUCUGGUGAGUCCGCCGAGGCUCCAACUGAACAGGAGGCAGGCCCUGCCCCUGCCGAGACAAAGCGAUCGAGGGGCCCUCGAAAGAGUGAGCUGCCGCCAGUAAAGAACGAGGAGCUUGUUCCUGGCGCGACCUUUACAGGCAAAGUGAGAUCCAUUCAGCCCUUUGGCGCCUUUGUGGACUUUGGGGCUUUCACCGAUGGUCUCGUUCAUGUCUCGCAGUUGAGCAACAGCUUUGUUAAGGACGUUGGGAGCUUUGUCUCAGUCGGGCAAGAGGUGAAGGUGAGAUUACUUGAGGCAAAUACUGAGACAGGGCGAAUCUCCCUCACAAUGCGUGAAGGUGACGAUUCGGGCAGUAAAACCCAGCAGCAGGUUGGCUCUACUUCCAAUGGUGAUAGCAGGCCCAGAACUCCGAGGAAAAAUACUGGAGCAACAGGUCAGAAGAGAGCCGAAGCAAGGAAAGCCUCAAAAUUUGUGAAGGGCCAGGAACUGACGGGGAUGGUGAAGAAUCUAACACGGUCCGGUGCCUUUGUGUCUCUUCCUGAGGGGGAAGAAGGCUUUCUCCCGACAUCGGAGGAAGCUGAUGGCGGGUUUGGCAGCAUGAUGGGUUCAACAUCAUUAGAAAUUGGUCAGGAAGUUAAUGUUCGGGUUCUAAGGAUUGCCAGAGGACAGGUCACAUUGACCAUGAAGACGGAGGGAGAUGUCGGGAAGUUGGACGCAGAACUCACACAAGGAGUUGUCCAUACAGCGGUGAACCCCUUUGUUCUAGCAUUCCAGAAGAAUAAGGAGAUUGCAGUGUUCCUAAAUGAGAGGGAGAAGUUGGAGAAAUCAGAUAAAGCAGCUGCGGAAGACGAGGGCAUCCCUGAAAGUGUAGAGGCAACCAUGUCUGAGACUUCAGUUCAGACAGAGGUGAAAGAACAAGAGAGUUCUGAGAAUCUGUCUCCAGAAGAUAAUGAACCGGCUGCUAGUUUGAUAACUGAGGAGGUUCCUGCAGCAGAUGAACUGAAAACUGAUGAAUCUGGUCAGAAUAAUCCGACUCCAGAAGUCAGUGAACCAGCUGCUAGUUUGGUAUCCGAGGAUGCCAUUGCGAAAGCUGAAGCACAAGUAGAAGAAAUUGUUUCUGAAGUUACCCAGGAAGUGGCAGUAGAGGAGAAGAGCAAAUCUGAAGAUGCUGUUGUGAAAGAUGAAGUACCAGUAGAAGAAACUGUUGCAGAAGUUGCUAAGGAUGUGCCAGUUGAGGACAAGAGCGAAUCAGAGGAUGCUGUCGUGAAAGAUGAAGGACAAGUAGAAGAAACUGUUGCAGAAGUUACCGAGGAAGUGGCGGUUGAGGACAAGAGCGAAGCUGAGGAUGCUGUCGUGAAAGAUGAAGGACAAGUAGAAGAAACUGUUGCAGAAGUUACCGAGGAAGUGGUGGUUGAGGAGAAGAGCGAAGCUGAAGAUGCUGUUGUGAAAGAUGAAGGACAAGUAGAAGAAACUGUUGCAGAAGUUACCCAGGAAGUGGCAGUUGAGGAGGAGAAUGAAUCCGAGGAUGCUGUUGUGAAAGAUGAAGGACAAGUAGAAGAAACUGUUGCAGAAGUUACCCAGGAAGUGGCAGUUGAGGAGAAGAAUGAAUCCGAGGAUGCUGUUGUGAAAGAUGAAGGACAAGUAGAAGAAACUGUUGCCAGUGAACUGGCAGUUGAGGAGAAGAAUGAAUCCGAGGAUGCUGUUGUGAAAGAUGAAGGACAAGUAGAAGAAACUGUUGCCAGUGAACUGGCAGUUGAGGAUAUGGUGGAAUCAAGCACAUAUGAGAAUGGCACUGUUUCGAGCUCAGAUGUACAAACUGAUGUUUCUUCAUCAGAAAUUACAGAGAGCAAGGUCACUGAAGAACCCCAGGAGAGUCGGGUAGAGGAACCAGUAACUGCUGCUGCCACUGAAUCUUCUCCAGAUGCAACACCAGAAGAUGAAAAUGAUGUGCCUGCUCCCGACGGAAAUGGCAGCAUUGCAGGUUCUAAUGGACAAGGAAGCACUGAUUUGCCCAAAGAAAGUGGGGUGCAAGCUAGCAUUUCACCAGCCCUCGUAAAGCAACUGCGUGAAGAAACCGGAGCUGGGAUGAUGGACUGCAAGAAAGCUCUUGCAGAGACCGGAGGUGACCUCGUCAAAGCCCAGGAGUUCCUGAGAAAGAAGGGCCUAGCAAGCGCUGAGAAGAAAGCUGCACGAGCCACUGCUGAGGGAAGGAUUGGCUCCUACAUCCAUGAUUCACGCAUUGGAGUCCUUGUUGAGGUCAACUGCGAGACUGACUUUGUCUCAAGGGGCGAAAUUUUCAAGGAAUUGGUUGAGGAUUUAGCCAUGCAAGUGGCAGCAUGCCCUCAAGUCCGGUACCUCGUGACAGAUGAAGUUCCAGCAGAUAUCGUGAGCAAGGAGAAGGAGAUCGAGAUGCAGAAGGAGGAUCUUAUGUCAAAGCCUGAGAACAUAAGGGAGAGGAUUGUGGAGGGGAGGAUAAGGAAGAGGCUCGAGGAGCUGGCCCUUCUUGAGCAGCCUUAUAUUAAGAACGACAAAGUUGUAGUGAAGGACUGGGUGAAGCAGACGAUUGCAACAGUUGGGGAGAAUAUCAAGGUGAAGAGGUUUGUAAGAUUCAAUCUUGGGGAAGGUCUGGAGAAGAAGAGCCAGGAUUUUGCUGCCGAGGUGGCAGCCCAAACUGCUGCUAAAACCCAACCGAAACCUUCUCCUGCUGCGGAAGAGCAGAAGCCCGCCGCACCUGAAGCUGAGACAACCGCUUCAAAGGCACCGACAGUAGCAGUCUCCGCAGCACUGGUCAAGCAGCUCCGGGAGGAGACAGGAGCUGGCAUGAUGGACUGCAAGAAGGCCCUAGCGGAGACUGGUGGCGAUCUCGAGAAAGCCCAGGAGUACCUGAGGAAGAAGGGCCUCUCAACGGCUGAUAAGAAGUCAUCUCGACUAGCUGCAGAGGGCAGGAUUGGGUCCUAUAUUCAUGACUCCCGAAUCGGGGUCCUGAUUGAGGUCAACUGCGAGACCGACUUUGUUGGGCGGAGUGAGAAGUUCAAGGAACUCGUUGAUGACCUGGCAAUGCAGGUUGUGGCAUGCCCCCAGGUCCAGUUUGUUUCUGUGGAUGACAUUCCCGAGGACAUCGUGAAGAAGGAGAAAGAGCUCGAGAUGCAUAGAGAGGAUCUGCAGUCAAAGCCUGAGAACAUAAGAGAGAGGAUCGUGGAGGGUCGUGUCUCCAAGAGGCUCGGAGAGCUCGCCCUGCUCGAGCAAGCCUUCAUAAAGGAUGACAGCAUCCUAGUGAAGGAUUUGGUGAAGCGGACAGUGGCUGCUCUCGGGGAGAACAUCAAGGUGCGGAGGUUCAUGAGGUUUACUCUUGGGGAAUCAACCGAAGGAGAUGCGGAAGCUAAGGAGGAAUAGAGGUCGCCGUGUUUGAUUUUCCGGUGCAUCGGACCAAUUUUUGAAGAGAAAAAGUUCUUACAGUCCAAUUUUAUGUGCAGUUGGUGACCUUAGCAUUAUUUCAAGUAUACUAUUUGGAGUUUAUUCUGUGAAAUACGUUGUUUCCACAAUUGACAACUGAAAUCCAGAUCGAUUGGCUUAAUUCAUCUUAA